AUGAAGGUCUUCUCCGCCACUGUCUUCCCAAUCAUCGCCUUGCUCACCAGCACUGCACUGGGCCGUGUCCAUAACCAGAUCGGACCACGCCAGGAAGUUCCCAGUCCAGGCACGCCGCCCAGUCCGGAGCCGGUUCCUCCCAGUCCUCCCAGUUCUCCCCCGGUGGACCCGUCUGUUCCGGCUCUGCCUGUUCCUCCGCCACCUGCACCGGCGCCGGCACCGAUUGACCCCAACCCGGGGCCGGACCCGAUCCCGGUCCCCGCUCCACCUCCGAGUUCGCCGGUCCCCUUCAGUGGUCCGAAUUGCGGCAAGGGGUACACGUACUGCGGUUACAUGCUCACCAACAACGGGCACAACUUCACCCCAGAGCAAAUAUCCCAAGCCUACUGCGACGGCCUGACGGACCACUGCAACGGCAGCCCGGCCACGGCGUCAAAGACUAACGUCGCCCAGGCCGUGUUCGUGUGCCUCGACGACGCGCCCAAGUCGACGGUCAAGCUGCUCUGCGCCUGCAGCGGGGAGUGCACCAACGACCCGGCGACCAACAACAUCGCGCAGUGUAAUGAUGCUUGCUGGAACUGA